AUGAACCACAUCUGGGACGGACGUCCGCUCCCUCCCGAGUGGAAAACAUCACUUGUGACUUUUAUUCCCAAAGCAGGCAAGGCCGUGAAUACGGAAAAUCUGAGGCCCAUAUCACUGACCUCGUGCACGGGCAAGCUUAUGGAGACGAUGGUACGGGAUCGCCUCUCUCCAUACCUGGAGAGCAAGGGCUUCUUUGCAGACACCAUGCUUGGGUUUCGCCCACAUAUGUCUGCACAGGACGUCCUUCUCCAGCUGCACAGGGCCGUCAUACAACCCACAGCUAUGCAACACAAUGACAAAGCCAUCCUCGCCCUUGAUCUGAAGGGUGCUUUCGACAAUGUUAAACACGAUAGCAUCCUGGCCAACUUGAGUUCCACCGACUGCGGGGCUAGGACCUUUGCAUAUAUAAGAGAUUUCCUCUCUAAACGCCAGGCCCUUCUUCGGAUCGAGGACGAGGAAUAUGGCCCGUACAUUAUGGGAACACUGGGUACCCCUCAGGGAGCUGUGUUAUAA